AUGAGACCACUACCAUCUCAGCCGCCGAUAGCCACCGUGACGGCUGAAUUCCGCAUCCACCAAUCGCCACCGCCGCCGACCAAAUCCGGCGUCCCGAAUUUCCAAUGGCGGCCGUACUCCAGUUCCGGAGAUUUCAAGGCAAACACGGUCUUAGUCGUCGUCUUCCUCUUCUGCACGCUAAUCUGCGGUCUGGCGAUCAACUUCGUGAUCAAACACCUGUGCAUGCGGCGGCGCCGGAUCCAGUCGCCGGAUGCCACCUGCGCGGCGACGGAGAAGGUGAGCGAGGUUCCGCCGUUAAUUUACUCAGAGGGGAUGAAGCUCGCGGCGGCGGAGGAGUGUGCGAUCUGCUUGUCGGAGUUCGCGGUUGGGGAGAGAAUUAGGGUUCUAGAGAAGUGCCGUCAUGGCUUCCAUAUGGAGUGCAUAGAGCGGUGGCUGAAUUCGUGCUCGUCAUGCCCGAUUUGCCGAGCAAAUUUGCGGUAA